AUGGCCUCUCUCGCUCCAGCCCCCCAACCCAUCGGCGUAUUCCCCCAGUUCCUCGCCGCACGCCCAGAAACCCUUGUCCUGAAAGAAAAAGUCCUCUCCCUCAGCGGCGACAGCUUCAGCAUCAAGCUCGCAAAUGGCACGCCAGUCCUCCAAGUCGAAGGCAAAGUCAUGAGUUUGACUGGUCGCAAGAAGAUGUUCGAUAUGCAGGGCAAUCACCUGUGUAGUAUUGUGAAGGAGCAUUUUCAUCUCCAUUCUACGUAUGUGGUUGAGAGUGCGAAGGGGGAAAAGAUUAUGGAGGUUAAGAGUAGUUUUAAACUAAUGGGAAGCAAAGCAACAGCGACAUUUGCUUCAUCCAAUGGGAAACAAGAAGUCCUCACCAUGCGCGGCAACUUCUUCGAUACUCAGGCCGAUAUUCUGGAUGAAGCCCAAGGCGGUCUGGUAGUCGCCCGCAUCGACCGCAAAAUCCUUAGCGGCAAAGACAUAUUCUUCGGCCAGCAAACCUACGGCGUGCAAAUCGCACCAGGCGUAGACAUGGCGCUCAUCGCUGCACUGUGCAUCUGUCUCGAUGAAAAGAACAAUGAGAGCUAG